AUGAAAAUAUUUAAGCAUGCCUUAAAAGAAUUCCUGGCAAAUUCCACAGUACAUGGUGUCAGAUUUUUGGUAGAUGAUUCAAAUUCUAUAUUUGAAAAAAUUUUCUGGGUUGUUUGCAUUGUUAUGUCCUGGUAUGGUUCAGGAUUAUUAAUAAUGACAUCUUUAGUUGCCUUUGAAAAUAAUGCAAUUAGUUUUGUUGUUGAAACAUCUUAUAGAGAUUGGGAAACCAAUUUUCCCGCUAUAGUUGUAUGUGAAUCAAAAAAUAUGGAUCAUAUACAAGAAAUAGCAGAACAAUUAUGGGGUGCCGAUCAUGAUUUUACCUUAGAAGAAGUUCUAAGUGAAAUUGCAUUUUUUAAAGGCGAAUCAUAUCAUGCAGUACAUGAAUGUGGUGGACCACAGCCAGCUGAAAAUUGUUUCCAAUCGAACUUCAGUUACUAUUCGAAAUUAGUUCGAAGUACUUGUGCAAAUGCAAUAGAAGAUUGCUCGUGGAAUGACAAUAAGUUUGAAUGUUGCAAAUAUUUUCAUAUAAUGGAAACUGAAUUAGGACUAUGCUAUGCUUUAAAUUCAAUACAAGCUAAUUCGGUUGGCCCAAAAUUGGACAUGACUUCUAGCAUUCAUACUGGACCAGGAUGGUUGAAACUUCAACUAAAUACCGAAGCAAAUAUUUUCAUUUUAGGUGAAGAAGAUGUUCCAACUUUAGUAACACCUAAAACUGAAAUUCUUAAUGUUGGUCCAUACGUAUCCUAUAAACGUCUAAUUGACAUUAAAAAUAUUGAAAAUGAUGAAGGUACACGAGAAGUACGAGUUGAUCAAAGAAGAUGUCGCUUUAGUGACGAAAAUUAUUUAGAUGUUCAUAAAUAUUACAGUUAUAGUGCUUGUACUGUUCAAUGCCGUAAAGAUAAACAAAUAUCAUUAUGUAAUUGUGCUGGACAUUUAACACCAAAUACACCAGACCACAUGUAUUGCAAUAUGACAGGAUUAGAAUGUUUAAAUCAAAAUUAUGAAGAUUUAUCAGUAAUUAUUGCUGAAUGGUCUCAUCAUAAUCGAAAAGGAUUAAUAUGUGAUUGCUAUCCAUCGUGUACAGAAGUUGAUAUUUCAGUGAUUUAUGAUAAUCGAGAAAACCUUUAUGGGCAUGAAAAACCUAUUUCUUUUGUUGAAAUUGGUUUAGUUGAUUUACCAACAGAAAGAUAUAAACGCAAUGUAGUAAGAGGAAAGCUGGAUUUAGUUGUUUCAAUUGGUGGAACAACUGGCCUAUUUGUUGGUGCGAGCGUUCUCAGUUUUGUUGAAAUAUUAUAUUAUUUUACAAUAAGACCAUAUACAACAUUAGCAAAACAAGAAAAGUGA